UUUUAAUCGCUGCAGAGGGAGGGCGUCGCGUUCUGGAGAAAAUGACAGAGGCGUUCAUGAACUGCUCCGAUUGUCGUUUUUUUUAUUUAUUUAUUUUCGACCGUGUAUAUUUCGUUUCACUGGGAGGCGUUAAUGAAUCACCACGACGGUACUUUUUGAGGGCAGCGGAGGAUGGUAAAUCCCGGCGCGAGAGCUCGUUGCUAGCAGGUCACAGCCGCUGUGCUGUAGACCCAUCCCCUCUUGUCAGUCAGCAGUUCUAGGCGUCCAGGUUUCCACCCCUCCGCUGACUGGUGUGACAGCAAGCACAGCGAGGGACUAAAUCGGGGAAUGACUUCCGUCGCUUCGGACACCCAGGUUUUGGAAGUGCCGUGCCGCUGCGGGCUAGUUAAUGUAAUGCUUUAGCGCGCGCGUUCGUUUUCUACCACGGGCCACGGCUACUUCCUGGUGCCACAGCGAGAGGCAGUGCUGAGUUGAGGAGACACAAAUCUUGAGAGAUAGAGGAGGGGGUGAGAGAGAGAGAGCGAGAGAGAGAAAAGAGAGAGGGGCCGGAGAUAGCAACGUUUGGCUACAUUCACGGACAUUACAAAGGCCUCCCUCUCUCUUUUAUUUAUUUUUAGUUUUUUUUUUCAGCCACAUCUUUUCCCCGGUUUCUCCGCUGCUCAGUCAACUACCAGGCGGAUUGGAUGACGCUCGGCUGCGGCUAAUAGCGGAAUCAUAACGGGGGACGGAUUCCUCCCUUCCCGAGAAGCCUCUCGAGAGAUUGGUUUCUUUUCUUUUUUUUCUCCUCCUUUUUUUUUUUAAAAUUUAUUUAUUACUAUUAAGAAAACCAUUCGAUCAUUCCGUCACCAUUUCAAAAGAACAUCCCGGGCGUUGUAUUUUGUUUUUGUCGGCGAAGGAAGGGCUUUUUUUCGGGGGCGACGGAAGAUGGGUUGUUUGGGCAACAGCAAGACUGAAGACCAACGCAUCGACGAGAAGGCUCAGCGAGAGGCGAAUAAAAAGAUCGAGAAACAGUUGCAGAAGGAGCGACAAGCGUACAAAGCCACACACAGGCUCUUAUUACUCGGUGCUGGGGAGUCCGGAAAGAGCACCAUAGUGAAACAGAUGAAGAUUCUCCACGUCAACGGCUUCAAUGCAGAAGAAAAGAAACAGAAAAUCCAGGACAUCCGGAAAAACGUCAAGGAUGCCAUAGUGACGAUAGUGUCGGCGAUGAGCACUUUAAUACCCCCUGUCCCGCUCGCCAACCCAGAGGACCAAUUCAGGAUCGAAUACAUCAAGAGCAUAGCACCUCUCUCUGACUUUGACUACUCACAGGAGUUCUUCGACCACGCAAAGAAGCUGUGGGACGAUGAAGGGGUAAAGGCGUGCUUCGAGAGGUCCAACGAGUACCAGCUGAUCGACUGCGCACAAUAUUUCCUCGACAGAAUCGACUCGGUAAGACAGAGCGACUACACACCAACAGACCAGGACCUGCUACGCUGUCGAGUAUUAACUUCAGGGAUUUUUGAGACGAAGUUCCAAGUCGACAAAGUCAACUUUCACAUGUUCGAUGUCGGCGGCCAGCGGGACGAAAGGAGAAAAUGGAUCCAGUGCUUUAACGACGUCACGGCCAUCAUCUUCGUGGUGGCGAGCAGCAGCUACAACAUGGUAAUAAGGGAAGACAACAACACCAACCGGCUACGGGAAGCCUUGGACCUCUUCCGCAGUAUCUGGAACAACAGGUGGUUACGCACCAUCUCGGUCAUUUUGUUCCUAAACAAGCAGGACAUGCUUGCCGAGAAGGUAUUAGCUGGAAAAUCCAAAAUUGAAGACUACUUCCCCGAAUACGCUCGCUACACCAUACCAAAUGAAGCAACUCCUGAACCCGGCGAGGACCCAAGAGUGACGAGAGCGAAGUUUUUCAUCAGAGACGAGUUUCUUCGGAUCAGUACGGCGAGCGGCGAUGGUCGUCACUACUGUUACCCCCACUUUACUUGCGCUGUGGACACGGAGAACAUCCGGCGGGUGUUCAACGACUGCCGGGACAUCAUCCAGAGAAUGCACCUGCGGCAGUACGAACUCUUGUGAUGAGACCUUCCGCCUCCUCCUGAGGACCAUCAAGUACUACUGAAGUGUGUCAAAUCCUCCUCCUCUUUUUCUUUGACUUUUUGGAUUCCUCCGCAGCAAGAUUCGGUUGAUUCCGUUCCAAUUUUUUUUUUUUUUUUUUUUGUCAUUCCACUAAGCUUCCGGCUACCUCCUUUUCUUUGCCCUCCUGUCUCCUUUUCCAAUACAUGAAGACACCUACAGGACCUCAGUGUAAAGUGUGUACGCCUGUGUGUGCGAAUGCGUGUGUGCCUGUUAGCCCCCUCCUCAAAGCAAAUGAAGAGAUAAAUGCACUUUGCAUUAUGUUCCUUGCCCCCCCCCCAACACCCUUUUUUUUUCUUCCUCUCUCAAUGAUGAUGAUUUGGAUUAUUCUCCCACAAGAGGAACACACAAUGUAGCAUCAAUGCGAUAUUUAUUAAUCCCGUCACCACUUUUUUUUUUGGGGGGGGGGGGGGUUAAAAAUAAAACAAAACGCUUUGUGGAGCGAGAGAAAAGCAAGAACGGGGUGCACGAUGAAGAAAAAGUACAGCAAGCCAGAAGGAUUUCCCCCUCCCCAUAGGAGCUGCUGCGUGCACUUUAGCCCCGCUUUCUCUACAGACUCGGACCCCCAACACAACCCACACAUACCAUCCUUUUACCUGCGGUGAGGGGAGAUAAAAAUGUAUUAAUUUUCUUUCUUUCUUUUUUUUCUCUUCUUUUCUUGUACACUGUGCAAGGUGGAAUUCUCCUGUACAGACUGUAAAGUGUAAUAUUAUUUUGUACAAGUUCAAUUGAAAAGAAAAACAAAUCUACUUGUAGAUCUUUGUGCCUUGAUUAUGGCUGUACCUGUAAAAAAACAAGAAAAAAAAACGACAAAAAACAAAAAUGAGCUCAGAUGUAAGUAAUGUUUUUUCGACUGCGCUGUACAGCUUGAUGUCAAAAACACGGUUUUUUUUUUCGGCAGCAAAACAUGGAGACUGCGCGAAAGAGGGUGGUUGGGGGGAACUUUCUCUGUAGACUUUAGGUUUUUUUCUGGUUUAUAAAAAAUAUAAAUAAACUGCUGUUUAUUUAAAAAAAAAAAUACAAAUAAACAUUCUAGGGAAAGAAUCCUAAAAUUAUACAUUAUGCAAAUUAACCACUUACCUGCAGUGAGGACCACAUGUUGCAGCACCAUUGCCUUUUCUUUUGCUGUUUUUAGAGGGAUUUUUAUUAUACCCCUCUGUUUAAUUGUAUUAUUAUUGUUAUUAUUAAUAUUAUUAUUAAUUUUUCAGCUUUAAAACACACAUUGGAAAUCCAUUGAAAGUGUCCAAAUUGCAACCUGGUGUUGUUUUCAUAGGAACCAAUAUUAUUAUUUUUUUUUGUUUUACGUUUUAUUUUAUUUUUUAUUUUUAAAGUGCGUGCGAGAUCUUGUGUAUAUAGACUCACACAUGCAUUGUGUGUGCGCGUGCGUGUAUGAAUGUGCGGACAAAGAAUUUUAUAAUUGUAUGUACAUGUAAAUUUAUAGGUCUAUAUAAAUAUAUAUGUACACUUAUACAUGUUUAAUUAUGUGUGUGCCUAGGUGUACAUACCUAUGUAUGUAUACGCUAAAUAUGUAUACAUACACACAUAGGAAAGCAUGUCUAGAAUGGAGACGAAUAAAUGAGCGUGUGCAAUAUUGGUCAUGUAUUGGGGGAGUCCUAUGGGAGCCAUAUGCGAUAUAGGCACAGACACUAUGAAUGUGUGAGCAGCGCCCAACAAGAUGAGCUCUUCUCCUUGUACAAAAAUGUGUGAGCAGCGCCCAACAAGAUGAGGUCUUCUCCUUGUACAAAAAAAAAAAAAAAAAAAGUCAACAUCAGCCUUUUCUGAUACACUACAAACA